UUUUCCAACUCACCUUGCUGUAACCAGAAAAAGAAGAACGAAAUCGGAGUUGUUUUCCUCCGAUCACACCUGACCAAACCAUGUCCUCUCCCUCUCCCAGUCGUCGUCGCCAAGACCCUCCCGCCCCCGCCGAGCACCACAAGCCAUGCCGCUCCAAUCCCAAAACAACCCGUCGCCGCCGAGCCCGAAAAAUCUCGCCUCAGAUCCACCAAAUCGUGCAACCCACUGCCAAAAAACCCUUUCACCGAUCCAAACCUCCUAGCGCCGCCGGUCUAGAUGGUGGGGGAGUUUGAGGUUUUCGAAGCAGGUGGUGAGAGUGCGAGUGGUUUUGCCGUCACGCGUGGCCGAGUAGGGCGUCGGAGAGUGGGUGGAAUUGGGUGGUAAAGGAGUCUAAGAGAGAGGUCAGCAGAGAGAGGGGAGCUUAGGAUGGGAUUAUUGCUCAGAGGCAAAGGGAGAGAGGACAGCAGUUGAUCGGAGAAAAACAACUCCGGUUUCGUUCUUCUUGUUCUGGUUACAACAAGAUAAGUUGAAAAAAAAUGCCACGUGCCGAUUCAUGACUGGGCUGUCGCAUGAGGCACCACCUAAGACUUUCUCAAGCCGAGUUUCAGCCAUAACCGUUUUUCAUUCUUUCUCACCAUUCAAAUGUUUCAGGAUUCUCAGUAUAUUGCUUACAAACGUAGCCCCUCAAUAUAAACACGGGAGAAACUUGCACCUCUUCUGCAAUUGGGAGUUGGGACGGAGUUAGCAGCAGUAAACAUAGUUUUAAGAACUUCAUCUUGCAAUGGGGGCUGUCAUCAGUAAAGCUACGGAUGGGAUCGGCGACCUGCUUGAAAAAACACUUUUGGCUCCAUUUAAGACUAUGUUUGAUGGAUCAUGCCAGGAGUGUUCGGGACCUUGGGAUAUGGUUUGUUUCAUUGAGCAUUUAUGCGUGACCAAUCUGUUGAAACUGCUAAUGAUCCUGGUCCUUUGCUACAUAACAUUACUUUUCUUUUAUUUAGUAUUCAAGUUGGGGAUCUUCCAAUGCAUUGGAAAAAGCCUCUGUAAGAUGUGUUGGGCUGCAUGUGAGACAUAUUGGUUUGCACUGCAAGAUAUUUGUUGUUUCUUGUGGUACAAGUUGAGCAACACUAAGAGGGUAAACCGUCGUCGCAGGCGCCAUCUCCGCCACCGCCAAUUUCAAGACAUUGAAGAAGGCUACAGUUCAAGUGGGGAUAAUGAUUUAUGGGACGAUUAUCAUAAUCUUAAUGUUAGUAGAAAGCGAAAGUCACUUAGCAGGAGAAGAAGAGAUAGGGUGCAGAGGUCUGUUCACCUUUCGAGUAGGCAUGGCAGUCGAAGUCACCAUCAUCGGCAUGUAAGGUUAAAGACUAGAAGUAUGUAUGUUCGUGUUAUGGGCAGGUCUCAAAGGCUAAAAAGCUCGAGACAUGUGAAAAUCGGCAAGGUGACAAGUGUUCGCAGGAAAACCAGAACUUCUAAGAGGAGGAGGCUUAGGUGAUUAUUGUCAGUGAUUCUAAAAUUAGUUUUAUUAAUUUGAAUAUUCUGUUAUUAGUAAAUUGACCCUCUAGCUGUAGUUUCACUAGUUGUGAUAGAGUACCAAUUGUUGAACAUAUGAGACUCAGUUGUUGCAGAUGAAAUGUGAGUAUUGUACUGAUUCAUGAGGCACAGAAGGCGAAUCUGCUUUGGAAGAUAAUUUGUUUGUUAAUCUUUAUUUGCAUACCAAGUUGCAU